GUUUCAUUCAUCGUCCACUCAACAAGAUUUUUCUCUUCGCUAUUUUACUCCGCACGCUCCUCCACUUCCGCACGCUCCUCCGCCCGUAUAAAACUGUACAAUACAUACUAAUAUCCAGAGAAUUAUACACAGCAAUGUCUGAGAAAUCAUCUACUCCGCGUCCGCCCGUCGACGACAAGUUGCUGGCGGCUAAUACCUCGUUCACGCUCAAGACCGGGCUUGCGCAGAUGCUCAAGGGUGGUGUUAUCAUGGACGUCGUUAAUGCCGAGCAAGCGAUUAUCGCCGAGCGCGCAGGUGCCUGUGCCGUCAUGGCUCUCGAGCGUGUGCCUGCUGAUAUUCGUGCCGAGGGCGGUGUUGCGAGAAUGAGCGACCCGAAGCUGAUCAACGAGAUCAUUGACGCUGUGUCGAUUCCUGUCAUGGCUAAAUGCCGUAUUGGUCACUUUGUCGAGGCUCAGAUUUUGGAGUCACUUGGAGUCGACUACAUUGAUGAGUCUGAGGUUUUGACUCCCGCGGAUCAGACGCACCACAUUGUCAAGCACAAUUUCAAGGUCCCUUUUGUCUGCGGAGCGCGUAACCUCGGAGAAGCGCUUCGCCGUAUCAGCGAAGGAGCCGCCAUGAUGCGCACAAAGGGUGAAGCAGGAACAGGUGACGUGACCGAGGCAGUUAAGCAUAUCCGCCAGAUCAACCAGGAGAUCCGUAAGGCAGCAAACAUGCCUGACGAGGAGCUUUUCGUGUAUGCGAAGGAGCUUGGUGUUUCGUACCAUCUGCUGAAGGAUACCGCCCGGAAAGGACAUCUCAGCGUUGUCAACUUUGCCGCUGGAGGAAUUGCUACGCCUGCGGAUGCCGCGCUGUGUAUGCAGCUGGGCUGCGACGGCGUGUUUGUAGGCUCUGGAAUCUUUUUGGGGCAUAACCCGGAGAAGCGGGCGCGUGCGAUUGUGCAGGCAGUCACCCACUUCAACGACGCUAAGGUUCUGGCCGAGGUGAGCACCGACUUGGGUCCGGCGAUGGUUGGCCGUACGGUCGAGAGUCUGAAGGAGACCGAGAAGCUUGCCGGCCGUGGGUGGUAAUGGUAGAAGGAGUAGAUAGUAAUGUAGUAGUAGUAGUUAAUGUGAUAUUUUGCAAUUACCUGA